ACGCAUCUUUCCCCAGAAGCACCAGAAACAGGACAAGGGCGCAAAAUUUAUGCCUGGUCCGGUGCAUUUCUCCAUCCUCGUCCAUCCAUUCAUUCUCCUCACCCUCGCUGCCGACCGAGAGAGAGAUUGUGUCUGGCCUUGUUUGUCUGCUAAUGUCCAACACGGGGGCCACCUCACCUACCUGCAUAAGCUGCACCUUGGAUCCCGAGAGAGCUGCCAGCCGGCGCAAGCUCUCCCUUGUGAGAGGCUGAGGUGACCAACGAAACGGCCCAAGAAAAUUCAACAGAUACUCCGUCAUUGUUCCUCGAUCGAGCUCACAGCGCGCCAUGGACCCAAGACAACCACCACCACCACCACAGCACCCCUUCUCGCGGAACGCUGCCGCCUCGCCCUUUACACGACCGUCAUUCCCGCCAGCAAACGCGAACCCAGCGACAUCGCAACCUCCGUAUCCACCCGCACCAUCAUCGCAUCCAUCGUCUCACGGCCCUCAACCACAUCCGCCGUCCCAUCCCGCGCCCCAUCCCUCCCAUCCUCCGCAGCCCACCGGCCCCCCCUACUCCGAAAUGCACGCGCGCAAACCCUCCGAUCCGCCUCCCUAUUACCCGGGCGCGAGACAGUAUGGUGGUCCCGAGCCUGGUCCCGGCCCGAUGCCGCCGUCGACACACUCGCGACAUCCGAGCACCUCCUCGAUAGCUUCAGGUCCAGCCAUGACUCGCGCGAUGCCGCCGCCACCAUCCUCGCCGCCACAACAGCAGGGACAGCAGCAGCAGCAAGGAGGACCAGGCGUACAUCAAAUGGGAGGCCCUUAUGGUCCACCAGCACCGCGCCCUCCCCCUGUCCAAGUUGGACCCCCAUCCGCUUUUCCUCGAGGACGUGAACUACCCGCGUUGGAAUCACUGACGAGGACCGGUCAGCCUGGAAGCAGCAUGUCCAUCUCUUCGAUGCUCGCCAACAGGGAGCCCUCACAGUACGCGCCUGGACCACCUCCAAAUGGUCCCGGCCCCGGCUCCGGCCCUGGUUCUGGUCCCGGUCCCGGUCCCGGUCCUGGUCCUGGUCCUGGUCCUGGCUACAAUCAACAACCUGUUCAUGCGUCUCCUCGAAUGCAUCAAGCUGCACCGCCAGAAUACGUGCCAUUUCGACGACCACAAACUCCAGAACAUCAUCGCAUGUACGAUGGCCGCGAUCCAAGAGCGCCGGCCGGAGCAUCUCCUCAGGCCUACAACUCGACGCCAGAGGUACAACGCUAUGGCACCCCACAGGCCUAUCCUCCAAGAGGCGGGCCACCGAUGUCGCUCAACGAGCAAGGAAGGGAUCCUAGGGAACCACCACGAAUGCCAAACACGAGCGUGCCUCCUCGGCCCAACAGCCAGCCGAAAUCGUUCCAGCCUGUUGGACAUCCCCGAAUGGAAGUAACCAGACCGCCUAAUGAAUUGUAUGGACACAGAGAAGAACAACUACGGCCAGCUCCGGCCGAGGAAUACAACCCCGAGCGUCCGAUCAGAGUGCUCAAGUAUGAAGAACAGCGGUUCAUGCCGGAUAGGGAGCGACAUGAAAGGGAAAGGCAGGAGAGGGAGCGUCAUGAGCGGGAUAUGGAGUUUCGGGAAAGAGAGCGGCGAGAGAGGGCCAUGUCCGGUGGCGAUCCAGGACGACCACCACAUGGCAUGCAUCCGCAAGAAUAUGCGCGGCAGAUGGAACAACGGGCUCAGCAGGGUUACGGUCGCCCUCCAGAACCGCGGGAACAGGGUAAUCACUGGCCAAGGCCUGGGUACGAGCCAGCGCGAGCUCCCUACGACCCUGCCAUGCAUCAUGGACCUCCGAGACACCAAGAGUACCCUCCUGCCUCCGGACCGCACUACAACAACGGCCCUCACCAAUAUGUGGAACGCCAUCCAAUGCCCCCUCACCAAAACGCCAUCCCCCCACCUGGACCUGUACAUCCCCAGUCUUACGACUCACCGGACCGCCAGCGCAUGAACCACAUGCACAUGGACCGCCAGCCACACCCGCAACAGCUCCCACCACGAAGUCGUGAGGACCAAGCCGUUCCACCUCCGUCUGUCGCGUACGGCGGGGUGGGUGGUCCACCUAUGUACGACUCUCCUCGUAACCGGAGCAUAGAGGAGCUCAAUACGCCACAUGGAAACCAGCGAAAUUUACUAGGGAUCCAGGAAAUCAACAGAAAGGGCCGCAUCUCACCAUUGCCGCAAGCGGUGCAAGGAGCCCAGCCCCAGCUGGCGGGUCCAGCCGGAGAACCAGGCAUCAAGAGCGAGUUUGGUCGCAUGUUUUCAGGUAUUGGUAGCGGUGUGGGUGCCAUCUCCAGCCCUGUUCCCACAGGUGCGCAGCUUCCCUUCAAUGCCAUGGGAUUGCUCCGCCGCGAGGAGCCAGACGGUCCCCUGCACGAACCGGUUGUGGAGAUGGCGAAGCCUGGACGUGGGAAGAGGAGGAAGUUGAAGGAGGAGGAUCUUCGAGACGAAGAGGGUAGCACAGGCAGGUCGACCCCAGUGGGUGGCCGUGCCAAGAAGGCAAAGACGCAUGCGCACCACCAUCAUCAUCAUCAUCACCACCAUCACCAUCAUGGUAUGGACCAGACAGGAUCCCCUGCCAGUGCCGCCAACGCCCCCUUCAAACACCUAAAGGGCUCUACUCCUGUCCCUUCCCCGACCUCUGCCCUCGGAAGAGAACUUCCGAACGCCCAUCACCACCACCAUCACGCAGCCCCUAGACCGGCCCAAGCCAAAGCUGUCCCGCCACCCCGGAGCCCGUCUCCUGUCGUUCUUCCUAAGCCGAAACAAAUCAUCUCGUCAAAAGCCGUGCUGGAGGCGGUGGCGGAUUACCCGCGCACACACCUCGGAGAUGUUGUCUACAAGCCACGUCUCCAACCGGCUCGGGCCCAGGACCCCCAGACAGGGAGACCACCACGAACCCCGUUCAAGUCCACCAUGGAGCCACUGCCUUUUGACAUGAUACGAGACAAGUUCAAUUGUACGCUCACGGUCAAGAUCGGAAAAGAGCAUCUGAGCAGCGACGUUCGCGAGGAAAUUACGCGGACGAGAGCGUUGUGGGGGACAGAGGUAUACACGGACGAUUCAGAUGUGAUUGCCGCCUGCAUUCAUGGCGGGUGGAUUAGGGGCGAGUGGCAUAGGGAUGUCAACAUCAGCCUUCUCAACCUCGACCAAGGCUACAGCAUAUCUGACGUGCGGGAGGAAACCAGGCGACAGGCUGCUACCGACGGGCGUUCAUCCACACCCACUCCGUCCAACCUCAUUGUUCUCGACGCUCCGCCCAAGACAGGUCCCAUGGCAGUGCCUGAAAACCGCGACCUACACGUCAGGCUUGUGAUUCUGCCCCGACUGGAGAAGUACGCUUCCACAACGCGAUUCGGCAUCAAGAGUCGAGAAUUUGGCGGCUCACUCGCAUCCGCCGACGACGGCAGGCCACGGAUCAAUGCCACACACGACGGAAUCAGCUACAUGAUCACCGAAAUCAGGUGGCUCACCAACGGGGGUGAGUCGCAGAACAGGCUCAGGGGCAAAGCACGACGCGAAAGGAUACGAAAGGCGCUGCGAGAGAUCGAGCUGACCCCUGCAUGGGCCAAGGCGACGAGUAACGGCAGUGCGGCAGGGUCGGAGCGGCAAGGACCCGUCAGCAAGGCGCCCAGCGAAGUGGACAAGGAGAACCAACCGCAACGCAACGCGGAGGAAAUGGAAGUGGAUGAUUCGAAAACGCAGCAAGGAGCAAAGGAAGUUGUGAAUGGGCAGCAGGGCGGAGACACCGGCAGCAAGAGUGCGAGCGAGGGUACGACGACAGGACUGGCAGAAAAUGGGGUUUCUGUGACAGAAAAGGCACCGGCGGCUGUGGAGGCGACAGAAUCUGGGACAGAUGUGUCUGUAGUCCCGGUGGAAACAGCCGCCCCUGAGCCCACCGUGUAGAAAGAUAUCCAAGU